AAAACAUGAAAAAAUUUGUAUUCAAGAAGAAAGCGCCUGCAUGUGCAACACCAGAGACACCAUCGAGUGACCUGCAAUCGAAUGAUUCGCCAUCUCUGUUUUCAGUGUGCAGUAGCAAACCGAAUGAAGUUACCUUAGUCGACAAUAAAGGCGCAACACAGACGCCAAAGACAGAUACCAAAAAUCAGCCCGAUACGCUCGAUCUGGAUUCGCCUAGUUUGUUUGAUAACAAUGAGAGCACUUACUCAGCAAAAAGACCGCCAGUUUCUCCCUUCAGUAAACCAUUAAUCAGCCACCAAAACAGUGGUUCAAGUGUACCGGUAGCUAAAGUGCUCCCUCAGAGAAAGAACGACAACGAACAUAAAACAACAGAAAUUUCUCUAACCGGUGUAGCUGAAUCCAGUAGCUCAGCAUCUAUUCGAAGUAAUUCUACAAAUACUCAGGCCAGUGGCUCAUCUUCAGCUCAGCGAAUUGAAACGAAUAGAGCAACAGAGCCUGCUCAAGCUCGAGAAGACGUACCCUCUCUUUCAGAUGAAGAAGACGAGUCUUUAUUUGCAUCUCGAUCUGACGUACCAAUAUCACCGAUUGUCCAGCACACGAAAGAAGCAGAAAAACCGAAAGUAGCAGACUGCUUACGCAUGGCAUCAGCUUCCAGGAGUAACACCUCGAAUAGUGGGAGCAUGUCAAUUUUUAAGAAUGUGUCCGGUGCACCUGGCGGAACAAGCACAAUUAAACGGAAUUCGAAUGUCCAAUCCAAUUCAGAAAACUUCACAAACAGGCAGGCCGCAAACAGUUUCUUUAAGCGAAGCUCAGCAUCAGGCAUUCAGCAGUCAUCGACCAAUAAUACCUUAGAGCAGAGUUUCUCUAUUGAAACAGUUGAACAAGCCAUUGAACAGAUGAAAAAUAGCAACUCGUCCGUUUUCGACUCUGAGCAAAAAGCGAAUAAAGUGAUGGUACAGUUACUUGACGAAAUGGUAGAGCUGAUCAAAAAAAGUCACGUGAUUUCGAAAUUGGACGAUGUGAGCUCCGGAAAGUUGGCAAAGUAUCUGUCUUUUCACGAGAGGCUGAGUGAUGCGGUUAGUCAGAGCAAAGAUCAAUCGAUAGGAAGGAUGAGAGCUGAAUUGGCGGCUAGAGUAGCGCAACAGAAGAGCAAACUCUCGACGUCUCUCGAUUCGACAAUUGACCUCCUGAGCACAUCAAACAUGAACUUGAACGAAUCAGCCAAUAGUUCCGUCACCGACAUUUUUGAUCCAGACGAAGACCAACAUGCAUCCAGCUCACAAUCUCAAUUAGCUAGAGAUAUCGAAACAGUCAAUUUAUUGUCGCCCGAAAUUGAUUCAGAACUGAAGGAAUCAUCUGAGAAUAACAAAAGGCUCAAUAAAAAUGAACCGUUAAUGUCAAGAAGUAUUGCGAAUUUUCCGCAGAGCAGAAAUGAUAUUCCGGUCGGCAAAAAGAGCAGUAAUACGCAGAACAAAACGCCCUCAGAACUAGGCGAAGGGUUUCCAGAGUUUGGUAAUCUGAAAGCAGAGGAUUUUGAGAAUGAGGAAGACUAUGAUUAUCAGUCUGGAAUUUGUAGCAACGACAAUACUGAAAACGAUGAAGAUGACGAUGACAUGUGUUAUUUAGACGACGAAGAAUUAAUGUCGUCUUUAUUGACCGAAGAUUUUGAAGAUGACAACGGAAAGGUUCAUCAAAGCAGCAAUUUUAAUAAGAGUACUGUAGCAAGUAGCCCAUCCUUUGUUUCACAAGUAAUGCAGAAGUAUAAAGAUGAUGACACGUCUUUCGGUGAAAACGAUGAGCCCACCUUUGCUGAGCUUAAUACUUCACCAGGUCAACUAAAGACAACCUUGAAGACUAUUUUUGACCACGGCCAUGAGUUUCAAAAUAAGAAAUGUGAGUUCUCGGAACGGGUGGAAAUUGCGUUUAAGAAUGUGUUCGGCCUGAAUAGAUGGAGGAAAAAUCAACUAGAGGCUAUCAAUGCAUCUAUGUUGAAACAUGAUUGUUUCAUUUUGAUGCCAACUGGAGGUGGCAAGAGUUUGUGUUACCAACUGCCCGCACUCAUCGAGCCUGGUCUGACUAUAGUGGUAUCACCUCUGAAGUCUCUAAUCCAAGACCAAGUGGACAAACUCAAUCUUCUGGGUCAAGAGGCCGACCACUUGAUGGGAACGCAGUCCAACGACAGCUCCGUCUACGUCUCAAUGCUGACCUCGCCUGAACCCACUUUGAAGCUACUCUACGUGACUCCCGAGAAACUGAUGCAAAGCAACUAUUUGAUUGAGAAGCUGAAAGUGGUGCAUGGGAGGGGCAUGUUGCAGAGGAUUGUGAUUGACGAGGCACAUUGUGUUUCCCAAUGGGGACAUGAUUUCAGACCGGAUUACACCAAGCUGAAGAUGAUGCGAGACAAUUUUCCUGGAGUGCCCAUUAUGGCCCUGACUGCCACUGCCACCCCUCGAGUGAGUCAGGAUGUGUUGAGACAAUUAGGAAUGACCUCUAGUGUGAAGUGGUUUGUUCAGAGCUUCAACAGGCCCAAUCUAGUCUAUGAAGUGAGGAAGAAACAGAAAGGAACUUUAGUGGAGGAGAUGGCGAUCCGUGUGAAGAGUGAGUUCAGAAGACAGUGUGGCAUAGUGUACUGUCUCUCCAGACAGGAGUGUGAACAAGUGGCUGAUGAACUCAACGCUAAUGGACUGUCUGCCAUUGCGUACCAUGCUGGAAUAUCUGACAAGAGAAGAACGGACAUCCAGCGCUCCUGGAUUGAGAACGACGUGCUUAUCAUCUGUGCUACUAUCGCAUUCGGAAUGGGCAUUGACAAGCCUGACGUGCGCUUUGUCUUCCACUACAGUAUGCCCAAGUCUCUCGAAGGCUACUAUCAAGAAAGUGGACGGGCGGGAAGAGAUGGCCAAAGAAGUGUGUGUUGUUUGUACUAUAGUUCGGCUGAUUACACCAGGCUGUGUAAUCUGCUCAAUUCGGAUAAUUCUGGCAGCUACCAGACGCGACAACUACACAUCGAGAAUGCCAAAAUAGUGACACAAUAUGCCGAGAACUACGUUCAAUGUAGGAGGUAUUUGCAGUUAGUGUAUUUUGGCGAGAACCAGUUUGACAGGAGCUUCUGUGGAAAGAGGCCAGAGUACAGCUGUGACAACUGCAAGCAGAAGGCUAACUACCACAUGGUCGACGUCACUAACGAGGCAAAGGAUAUCGUGCGCAGUAUAAAAGAAGUGGAUGGCAAAGGUGGCAGACAGUUCCCCUUGAAACAUUGGAUAGACGUGUACAGGGGGUCAGCCAACAAGACUGUCAAAGGGGCCAAUCACCAUAUGUUGGCAAUGUACGGCAAGGGAAAGACUCAGAGCAAGGAGGAGGUGGAGCGACUGAUGAAGAGGAUGAUUGAAGUGGGUGUAUUGGGACAGGACUCCAAAGUUUGCACUGUUGGAGGAGGCUUUACGGUGACAUCAAAUACUCUGAGGCCAGGUAGAAAUGGUCAUGCUUUGCUGAACAAUAGCUUCAAAGUAGAACUGCACAAGAAGAUAACUAAAGCGCCGAUAUCCAUAGAAUCGAACCUGAAAAAUUACCCUGCAGGCGAGAAGAAAGACGAGCAGUCGGUCCGAGAGAAUAUUGCUAUUCUGUGCAGAGAUGCGCUGUAUCAAUUUGCGCGCAAGUAUGCGAUCGAAAAACACAUCAAGAACCACAGCAAUGUGCUCAACUCCGAACAAGUCAAAUGGCUGAGUGAGCAUCUGCCGGCGUCUGCGGAGGAGUUGUCACAGUGUGACGGGAUGACGGAGAGGAAGAUAUUGGCUUAUGGCAACAUGAUUCUGGAUAUCACUCGCAAGUUUGGCUGGGAUCUCAUGGAACAGACUGGUGAUGUCUCGGACCCAGGCGAACAGGAACCAGAUGCGCCGUGGGAUCAAGACGAUGAAGACCCGUAUGGACGUAAUGAUGCCUCCAUGGUAGAAGAAUCAAAUUAUUUCCCUCCUUCGGGUGGCUCGGGAUCAUCUAGAGGGGGCUGGCGAGGGAAACGAGGAAGAUCACGGGGAAGUUACCGCGGGAGACGACCUACCAGGGCUUCGCCACGCGGGGUGAAAAGAAGGUCAACUUCACGAAGUGUGUCUAGUCGGAGUCCAAUGGCCAAAAAACCGACUGGUCGAACGGUACCAAAAAUUGGUGGCUCAUCUCUGGUGUCAAAAGGCCAUUCGUGGUUGGGAUCAACUUCAAGUUCAACCAUGUCUUACAGAGCUGGUACAGCUGGAAUUUCAAGUGCAGUGUUAUCUCAAGGAGCUCUGAAAAGUAGCAAGGGGAAAUUGUUCUAAGUGGCGAAAAAAAUGUCAGUGCUAAAACUCAGUUGAUUGACAUUUUAGAUGCAUUUUUUGUUUCGAAUUGACCUGCUUGAAUGUGUUGUUUCUGUCUAAUCAUUUGCAAUUUAGU